AUGUAUAUCAGCCCUUGUGCACAGGUUGACUACAAGGCAAUUGCGGACCGUCUCUUUGAGCUAGCUAGUCGAACCAGCACACCUCCCCAGAACAGAAAGAUCAUCUACAGACUGGUCAAAAAAUUCCAAGACUUAAAUGAUGGAAUCUUUCCCCAGGAUGAGUACCCCGAGGAGGUAUCCACAGACGAGGAUGAUGAUGAGUUAUUUGGAAGUAGGAGAAGAAUGAAAAAGAGAAGGAAUACAGAAAGUCUGCUGGAGAAAAGCAGUGAGGCUGCCAAAGGGAAAGAUAAAAAAAAGAAAGAGGGAACAAAGAUAGAGAACACAUUGAAUGGCAGAGUAAAGCAGAAGAAAGAGAGCACAGAAGCUUCUCCAGCAGGGACCUCUACUGAACUGAAACAACCCUGUGCAACAGAAGAGUCAACAGAAACCAAGUUGAAGAAGAAAAAGACGAAAUUAAAGGAGUCCAGUCCCAAGAGAAUUGAGGCAAAUCCCAGCAGCAACCACAUAGACGGACAUACAGGAGAGAAAAGGAAAAAGAAGAAAACAAAGGAAGCUGUGGAAGACAGACAUGAUCAGGAAGAUUGCUUGGAGCAAACAGCAGCUGACACCAAAGCUACCAUUCUCCCCUCCAAAGGCAGAAAAAUGAAAAAGUUGCGAGUCCUGGGAGUGAACGGAGAAAGGCCAUGCCUUGAGCAAGCCACUCCACUGGAACAAGGCCAUCCCCCCUCAGAAUUACCAAAGAAUAUCAAUAAGACAGUUGAGCUGGUUCAGGUGGACCCAGCAGCAGAGCAGAUGGAAAACAGCCAGACAAAAAAGAUGAUGAAAAAGAAGAAAAGAAAGAUUGAGGCGGCUCACCCUGCAGAGGUCAGUGGGCUCGGGGAACAUGGUGGCAAGAAAAAGAAAAAGAGCUGUGAAGCAGAAGAGACUGUCAUCUCUGUGACUUCCAAGAAGCCACUCCAAAAAACCAUGGCAAGCACAGAGACAGAGUUUGUGAGAUUUGAAAAUUCCUCCUUCCCAGUGCCAUUAUUUUUCAAGAAUGCCAAUGGUGGCAAGCCCAGAGCAGCCAAACAGGGGCUGCAGACACCAGAAUCGAGUUCAAAGAAAGUCACCUUUGGACUGAACAACAACAAGACUGCAGAAUUCAGAAAGACUGACAAAAGCAUAUUGGUGAGUCCAGAGGGAAUGUCACGAGUGGCCUUUGACCCCCAGCAGAAGCCCCUUUGCGGAGUGCUCAAGUCUCCCUUGAGCGUGCUGUGUUCCAGGCAUAAAAAGAACACCCCUGCCUCUACCAAGAAAAGAGCGACCGCUGCAGACUUUUUUUAGCUUUUGUUUUUCUUAUUCUGACAGUGGUCUCUUUCUAAUUGAAUCAAUGUAUUGUAGAAGCAAUAAAAAGAAACCAAUACUU